GGGCGGAGGGGAUUUUUGGAUUGCCGUUGAAGAGGAAGAAGGAGGCGGCGAGAUCGCCGGAAAGAAAGUGGGGAUUUGAAGUGGAGGAGGAAGAAGAUGUAGGAGGUAGCGAUGAGUUCUUCUGGUGGAGCGACGCAGCAGAAGGAAUGGCGGGAGUUUUGCCGCCAGAGUGCGAUGCUUUUAGUGUCAAAAUGGAGCAGCUUCUAAUGAAAAUAAAGAAGAUGGCGCGAGAGCUUGAGCUUAUUUUAAUGGAUUCCGAAAGCUCCAUUAAAUGGAGAAAAGAGAAGAAUGAUAUUAAAGAUGAUAACAUGAUUGUAUGUCUCCGCAAGCACAGGCGAAGCAAAGAAGCAAUUUUUAAUGAAGAAAGGGAAGGUUUUGAUCUGAAUCAGGACGUGCUGGGAGCGUUUUUGAGGAGCUUGGGUUGCUCGCACGCUCUCAGCUUCCAUGUCUUCGCAGGGGCUUCCAGCUUUCGAGUUUACUCUAAACAAGCUCUGGUUUCAUUUCGACCUGCUAAUGCCGCCAUGGUGGUCACCAUAGGAGACCAGAUGCAGGUCAACUGAACUUGAUAGAACUCAUGCAAGUCUUGUUUAGUCGACUACAUCAGACGAUGUUGUCAGUCUGGUGGAUCUGGGGCUGUCGA